AUGUUUCAAAAUAUUGAUACUUGUUUGGAGAAAUAUAUUCCACAGGAAGAAUUAAAUCAUGUGCAGAGGAUCUUGUAUGGAAAAAAAUUAGAGGAACUUCAACUGCCAGAGUCAUGUAUAAAUAAUGUAGAUAAUGUGGAAGUUAAAGGUUUUAAAUUUGAUAGUUUGACUGAAGAGUUACGAGAAAAACGGACUGUAAGAGUUGGAGUUAUUCAAAAUCAAAUUGUUCUUCCAACAACAGCUCCUUUAGUUGAACAACGUAACGCAAUUUAUCAAAAGAUAAGCAAGAUAAUAAAACUUGCGGCUGAAGCUAACGUGAAUGUGUUAUGCCUUCAAGAAGCCUGGCCUAUGCCCUUUGUGUUUUGUACACGAGAAAAAUUUCCAUGGUGCGAGUUUGCUGAAUCAGCUGAAACAGGGCCAACAACUUUGUUUCUAAAAGACAUCUGCAAACUGUACAACAUGGUUAUCGUAUCACCAAUUCUAGAACGUGAUGAACAAGAAGUGAUAUGGAAUACAGCUGUAGUCAUAGAUAACUUUGGCAAAGUAAUUGGAAAACAUAGAAAGAACCAUAUACCUCGAGUGGGUGAUUUUAAUGAGUCAACUUACUACAUGGAAGGAAACACGGGACAUCCCGUUUUUGAGACAGCUUUUGGUCGAAUUGCAAUCAAUAUUUGUUAUGGACGCCACCAUCCACUGAAUUGGUUGAUGUUUGGGUUAAAUGGGGCUGAAAUUGUUUUUAACCCUUCAGCUACAAUUGAUGGUCUAAGUGAGACACUUUGGGGAAUUGAGGCCAGAACAGCUGCAGUUGCCAAUAGUUAUUUUUCUUGUGCCAUCAACAGAGUGGGUACAGAAACUUUCCCGUCUGAGUUCACUAGCGGUGAUGGUAAACCAGCACAUAAAAAUUUUGGCCAUUUUUAUGGAUCGAGCUACAUUACAGCUCCUGACGGUUCAAGAACUCCUGGCCUUUCUAGGACUCGUGAUGGAUUGUUAAUUUCAGAAAUAGACUUGAAUCUUUGUAGACAAGUGAAAGAUCAUUGGGGUUUCCAAAUGACUCGAAGACUAGAUUUAUAUGCAGACUCGUUGGCAGACAUUGUAAACUCUAAGUAA